AUAGACAUAUAUUUAAACUGACACGCACUCGAUCGAUUUCUAGCUAUUUACAGGAUUCCAUAUUCUCUCUCUGUUCCAUCCAUCUAAAUCCUUAUCUCUUUCAUAUCUCAUAUACACAGAUAUGAGUUCGAUCUCCAGAAAGAAAACCAUGAGAAUCUCAAUAGCCAUAGCCGACGCAGCGUCGUGGUUCUUUGCCAUAGUCCUGUUAGGCCUAAUAUUAUUGGCGUCUAUAAGGGAGCGUUCUUCCACGGCUGAACCUGUCAAAGGGAACCAGCUUCUUGACCGACCUUGCGAUGAAAUAUACGUCGUUGGAGAAGGGGAGACCCUGCACACCAUAAGCGACAAGUGCGGCGACCCCUUUAUCGUUGAGCAGAACCCGCAUAUCCAUGACCCGGAUGAUGUUUUCCCCGGACUUGUCAUCAAGAUCACUCCUUCUAAGCCGAGGAAGUUGUUGAGGUAGUUUAUAGAAUUGAACUGAAUAUUAAUAGAACAUGCUUGUUUCGCGUAUAUAUUUAUGUAUCGGACACCAAAGAUGAAAACUUUUGCCACAGUUAGAUUAUAUACAUGUUUUUCCUUUAACUA